AUGUUUGCCAAGUCUGCUCUCCUCGCUGCUGUGCUCGUCGCGCCGUUCGCGCUCGCGGUCCCCUCGCCCACCAAGACGGCCAAGAGGGCAACAUGCACGGUUGACUCGGUUGCUGCCGCAGCAGACUUGUCUGAUUGCUCAGACGUUGUCAUCUCGUCAUUCACGGUUGAGAACAAUGGUGCGAGCGUCAUCCCUCCUUACGAUGCCUUGAACAUCUUGCUCAUCAGCACUCACUCAUCAGAAACCGUCACUAUGAACUUUGCUCAAGGUGCUACGGUUACUAUGUCAGGCGAAGUGACUUUUGCCAGUACAGUUGCGUCUGGUCCACUCAUCACGUUCGAGGGUUCGGACGUUUCAUUCAAUGGUGGUGGAUUCUCAUUCAACGGCAAUGGUGCAUACUACUGGGAUGGCCAGGGAACAAACGGGGGGAAGCCCAAACCCCAUCCAUUCAUGAAGCUCAAGGCCUCUGGGACUUUUGAAAAUUUUGUCGUCCUGAACAGCCCUGCGCAAGCUAUCUCGGUCGGCAAUGACGAGCCAUUGACCAUCACGCAAGUUUACGUGAAUAACCUGGCAGGGAAUGUCGAUAAUUUAGGACACAACACUGAUGGUUUUGACGUCUCUGCGUCCGAUGUAACAAUCACGAACUGUAUCGUUCAGAAUCAAGACGAUUGCAUUGCUAUCAACGCUGGCAACAACAUCGUCUUCUCGAACAAUAUCUGCUCCUUUGGACAUGGCAUGUCUAUUGGAUCUAUCUCCUCUGGAAAGACGGUCUCGGGAGUGAUCUUCUCCGAUAACUUCGUCAGUGAAUCUAUGUACGGCACUCGUAUCAAAGUGGACUCGGAUGCGACGAGUGGAAGUGUUAGUAACGUAACGUGGUCCGGGAACACGAUUACAGGUAUUACUAGUUACGGAGUGCUGAUCACACAGUCAUAUCCUGAUAAUGACAGUGCGCCCGGAAAUGACACCAUAAUCAGCGACGUCAAUUUCGUUGGCCUUCCCACGGAAGUCUCAGUGAACUCGGAUGCGUACAGGAUCACUGUUGAUUGUGGCAACUGUACUGGUACGUGGGACUGGUCCGGUCUGAUUGCCACUGGCGGCGAGACCAGUAAUGUUGACCCCGAUCAAGCCACGAUCCAGGGUGGGUAUUACUGA